GUCAGUGAGCACUGGGGAUCUUACAGCCUCGGAUUACUGCACUUUAUCUCAGUCAAGCUGAAUACAAGAUACAAAUAAAAAUCACAAACUGAAACGAGCAACGAUGUUCCUCAAAGAAAUAUUCUGCAUACUCGUGACCAGUCUUUACAAUGUGCCUGCUGUUCAGGGUGGUGACUGGGGAGUGAAUUAUCCUCCGCAAGAGAUGUGUGCAUUGAGAGGAUCCUCUGUGGUCAUACCCUGUACAUAUUAUUAUCCUGAAAGCUUUGAAGGCACAGUUUUAACUGUAGUAACUGUGAAGUGGUUCAGGAGUUCUAUUCCUGGUAUUACUGAUCGAGACACAUACGUGUAUCACAGCACUGGGAUCAAUGUGAGUCCUGAAUAUAAAAACCGGACAGAGUAUCUGGGGAACAAAGUGAAGAACUGCACGGUACAGAUACGUGAUCUGCAAAGCAACGACGCUGACAAAUAUUAUUUUAGAUUUGAAACAAAUGAACCUACUGGUAAAUGGACUGGUGCCACUGGUGUGUCCCUUUCAGUAACUGAGCCCAAGGUUACCCUGGACCCUCCUGUUCCAGAUCAUACUGUGAAAGAAGGAUCUUUAGUUAACCUGGCCUGUGGCUUUGACCGCUGCACCCUGAGUGAGAGCAGCUUUGUCUGGUACAGGGAGGGGCAGCCAAUCAGCAACGAGAAAUCAAACAAACUUCAGCUUAAUGUUUCUUAUGAGCAUUCUGGGAAGUACUGCUGUGCUUCUGCUGAGAACAGCAGCAUUAAAUCUGAAGAAAUCAACUUGAUUGUGAAUUACUCCCCAAAGAACACCUCAGUCAGGGCUCCCGGUGGAAUAGUGGAAGGGAGCUCAGUGACGCUGACCUGCACCAGCAAUGCAAACCCACCAGUCAGCAGCUACACCUGGUUCAGGAGGGAUGGAAAUGGGGAUGAGGAGAAAGCUCGUCAGCAGCAUCUCAAUUUCAGCAGCAUCACCUCCAGUGACAGCGGAGAUUAUCAUUGUGAAGCUAACAAUUCUCUAGGCGCACAGAACUCUUCCUCGGUUCAUCUGAGUGUGACAGGCAGAAUAACAAAUGAAGGAAUGGAAACUAUUCUGGCGAUAGUGGCAGCUUCCAUAGCCUUUGGAAUUCUAAUGCUAGGGAUCAUCGUUUUCAUCAAGAGGAGGAAUAAACCAUCAAUCGAAGAAAGUUUCAACAAUGCAGAAAGCCAGGACAGGACGGAUAACAUUUCUAACAUUGUGGGAGAUUCGAAUCUGCAGGGUCCAGCGGGUGAAGAUGACAUCCAGUACGCAGCCAUUCACUUCCAGCCCAAGAGCCCAGAGCGGAAUAAGCACCAAGAAGAGGAGGAGGAUGCUUCUGUAAUCUACAGCACUGUAGCAAAACCAGCCAAUAAAACUUAAUGUAGAGACCUGACUAAUAUAUCAUGUAUACACAAAAUGUAUCAGAGCACUGGGAUCCCAGAGGGGCUCAAUACAGAAUCAGUGUGGUCUCUCAAUACAGAAUCAGUGUGCUUUCUCAAUACAGAAUCAGUGUGGUCUCUCAAUACAGAAUCAGUGUGGUCUCUCAAUACAGAAUCAGUGUGCUCUCUCAAUACAGAAUCAGUGUGCUUUCUCAAUACAGAAUCGGUGUGGUCUCUCAAUACAGAAUCAGUGUGGUCUCUCAAUACAGAAUCAGUGUGGUCUCU